AUGGAUGGCAGAAGAGGAACCAGUUCAACACCACAGGACGGUACGGUGGUUUUACUUUGGGAGCCAACGCAGCCGAGGAGUGCAUGGAUCAUCGGUCGCAUAGUGCAGAUACGACAGGAUUCAGAGGGCACCGUAAGAGAAGUAUUAGUGGAGCUGCCGAAUAAACAUCGGAGAACCCCAAUCAACCCAGCCAGAGUGGAAGUAACAUUGAAUGAUGAGAACACCAGAUCUUGCCGUUUCUACUCAACUUCCAGAGUCAUGAUACCAGCAAUGGAUCAGGAAAUCUGUCUAAGCUUGCAACAUGAGGAUCACACAUAUGGUUACCUGAAGCUCAGGUCAAAGGAGGUUUACCUCACUUGCCAAUCUGAAAUUGCCUACUGGACGUUUGACCCACACAUUCAAUGUAUGAACGAGAACUAUUGUCCAAGCUUGUCAAAUUUCUGUACGAUGUCAGGCUGCUCCCCAGCAAUUGAUGAGUACAUGCAAUCAGAUAAAUUUGGCCAAAUGAUCAAACUUGGCAGAUGCAGAAAUAUGCCACCUGACAUUGCAAAUCAAUUGUGCUUCUUUGCUCCAUUUCAAGUUCUGUUCUCCCCACAAGCUUGCUUUCUCACCAUCGCAUCUUUGGAUCCUGAGCCUGGGACUAUAACCCCAACAAUAUUCUGUGACUCAUGGUCUGUUUCAGCAGAUUUACAGAUCAUCAUGAAUUUGAACACAUCUCAAGUUAUCAAGGAUUUCACCCUAUCACAACAUAGUUCAUACAUUGAUGACAAAAUGAAACUAGAGCUUGUGUCUAAAAACAUACCUCAAUGGGUGAGCCUGCCUGACUGUUAUAUUCGGAAUCAUGAUAAUAUCUAUGGAACUACAUGCAAUCAAAGAGGAACAUUCGUCCUUGAUAAACUUGGCACAAUUCAAUGUCCCUCUGAGGCUGAUGCUCACAGUUUCACCAAAAACUGUAAAUUCAAUCAGGAGAUUGUUGAAUUCCAGGACUCAAAUUGCAUUUUGCGAACACCCUUGAUUUCCAAGUUACCAGAUGCAAAGAAACUACCACUAGUGAGGCCAGAAUUUUACUUGUACCACACUAAUGGCAGUAUCAGGGCAAAGCUAAGCUCAAGCUUUUCAAUUGAGUCCCAAUUGGUUUUGUCUGGCCUAUCUGUAAAUGUAGAGUACGUUCGACCCACAUGUGUCUUUCAUAAGUUGAAAUUCGAUGGCUGCUUCAACUGUGCAACUGGUGUUCUUGUCACGAUAGACCUAGUUGUCACAUCAAGAGGUGUGGUGAACAUUCUUUGUCCAGAAGUGCCGUUAACAAUACCGCUGUCUGUGAACAAGUAUCACCAGAAGGACCUUAAUCUCAUGUGCCAGCUCUUGUGUUCAAAUGUUAUACAAUUGCAAUUAACUGGCACUUUGAGAAAUGGCGACAUUAUUAUUGAUGAUCCUUCUGGCAGGACUCAUCAUGGCACUACAGUGGUCACUAAAUCAUUCUGGAGUUCCUCACUGGACAAUGUCCUGACUUUUGUUGACACACUUGGCAUCGGAUCUGUGUAUCGCUGGAUUCAACUUGCAAUCCUACUAACAAUUGCCCUGAUGAUUGUUAUCAUGCUGGCCUAUGCCACCAAGACUAUUUGCAGUUGUCUAGGAUUUUGUAGAUCAAAGAAGGAUGUUAGUGAUAACUUGAUGCAACAUAUCAAGAAAGUCCUAAAAAAACAAGAUGAUGUCCACAAAAAGGAGUUAAAGAAAGAGAGAAGCAGGCAG